AUGAAUGCUGAUCCCUCUCCUGCUACCAUGCAUAAUGAGCAUGUCAGCGCCGAUCAGACAGAUGAUGAUCUUUGCGAAGAGGAACCUCCGGACGAUCCUCCGGAAGCCAAAUGGAGAUCGAAUGGGAAUCAUGUAGAUAUUCACGCGAAUGUAAGUAAGAGGAAGACGGCUCUGCUUGAUAAGAGGCGUAAGCCCCCAUCACCAACUAGCAGCUCUGUGAAUGGAAAUGGUCUGAAUUCGUCGUUGGACUUUCUAUCUAACAUCCGUCUUGAUGUUCAUGAGAUUGUUCCAAAGCAGCCAACUGCGGUGGUAAACAAUGGAGUCGUAAAACCUUUACCACACACAGAAAACAAGAAGAGCUUUGUACAGACAAAACCACCCAAAGCUGUGACAAUCAAAGACAGUGACAGGAACCUAGAAAACGGGAAGAGAGAGAUUCUAUCGAACUGUUCGAGGUGCACACAAGAACUUUCACCCAAUUACAAAGCAAGUGUGGAGUUUUUGAAUAGCAUCUCGCUGGAUGCAGUUCCCGAAAACCAGAAACAAACCAAAUUCACUGACGUAGUGAGCCCCUCUCUCUAUGCAAUAAGGAAAAGCAGCGCAGGAACCAAAACUUCGAAUUUAAAAAUUCAGCUUCCUGAAGUUUUCAAGAGCCCCGGGGUUCAUCCAGAGCGUUGUGUCAUUGAAAUCACUGGCGGACUUCCAGUUUGUUCCAAUACUCCGACUGCAGUCGAGCGAUGUGCUUCGCUGCCCUUGCAGAGUACGACUCCAGCCAACCUUGUGAGGGAAAAGUCUGCACGUGAAAGCCUGGAUUUUUUGACUAAUAUCAGCCUCGGAGCACCUGCAACAGGGUUGUAUGAGGCUUAUCCUCCGCCCAGUGCAAGAGUGGGCGAAGAGAACAGCAAGUUUCCGGCACCAAGCCCGCGAUGCGAUAGUUGGAACGUUGGAUCUCCACAGAAAUACGUGGGCUCUAGAAAUCACUCCGUGGACAUUCCUCCUAUGUCGCCUAAGUUGCUGCCAAGAGCAAAGCAGCUCAGCUUUUCCGAAGAGGACUCUACCCCACCCCCUAAAUGGAGCAACAAGAUGGAAUGGGGUACGUUUGAGGGAUUCAUGGGAUCCAUCGGCAUGGUGUCCACAAACAAUCGUCGAAAAGCCGGGUUGGGUGCAGAUGUUCACAACAGACAAUUCAAAAACAAGCAAGACUGGGAAAGAAGGCAUAUUGGCGGCUUCUUGCUUGUUCCCAGAAAUCAGAGUGAGCGAAGGAUACGAAUGCGGAAAGCAAGACGGUCUUUUGGAAGUUAUCAGGAAAGCCAUGAAGGUGACUCGUAUGAAGAUCCCGCUAUCGAGGCUGAGACUGGAACGAGAAGUGCUCGAUCGAGCAUGGACAGCGAAGACUGCAUCUUACAGGAUCGAUGCAUUUUCCCGGUUGACGAACAGAGGCAAACUGAUCCCUUGUCGCUUGUCCCACAGGAUGAAAACCAGUAUGAGAAAAAGGAAAGGGGCAAAGAAUUUGUCCUGAGUGAAGGACAUUGCAACUUGGCGUUGUUUUCCAACCUAUCGAGUGCUCAUUUGUUAGAUUCACGAAUUAUGUUGUAUCCUCAAGACAUGCACGCGCCUGCAGUUGUUACCGGGGCUCUCCGAGCCCCUAUCAGUGUUUUCUCAGUUAUUAAGUUUCGUCAAGACGAUUUUUGCCCUCAAGGCGACCCUGGUGAAAUUGUUCAUUCAGUAGAGACACAACUGAGGCUCAAGCAUGGUAGUUAUGCAGAACUUUUGGAAAGGAGAUCGAGCAGUGACAGUGGAAGUGAAGACGAGAAGCCAAAGUACAACCCUUACUUUCUUGAUGAUCCAGAGAUGAGGAUCAGCAAAGACCGCACUGUAAUCAAGCAAGAAGGCUAUAUGGUUUCUUGCAUUCCAUAUGUGAAGCCUUUGGCCAUGAAAGAAGAGCUCAAUGGACUAUUUCUGGCCAAACAUGGAGACUGGUUGGAAGGAAGGGAGAUCACGCUUUCAAAGAUCAGAGCGCUGAAAUCUGGCAUCGUCACAGUCGUAAAACUUCUGGAUCUUGAGUUAUCAACGGCAGCCAUGGCACACGUGUACUUGGAAAAGCUCAUCUUGAAGAACUUGGUUCGCAAGCAUAGCCGCAAGGUCACUGCAGCGGUUUGCCUGCUUCUGGCCGUCAAGUUCAAUGAGGUUCCCAGGGACACGCGGGUCUGUGCUAUUCAGGAUGUGAUCGAAAGGCAAAAUCGCUUCGACUGUACUCUAUUCAUUGCUUCUACGGACCCUGGAGUCUUCCUCCCAGCUGACUUGCUGAAGUACUUUGAGGGGCUGCUGCCAAACCAUGAUGACGCCAAGAAGCAGCUCUUGUCAAAGCGCCCAUACAUUGUCGUCACUCUACGUGAUCGUGCGUCAGCGAUCAAGGCGAAAGAGGCCAUUUCAAAAGUCACGCUGCCUUCCAACCAAUCGAUCGUUGCCGACUUUGUCCCUUCCAACUACGUUUCACGCGAGGGAAAAGUUGGACGAGGAAAAGCUUGCAGCGUCACAGAUUUGCUCUCCUGCAUGAAUCGUGUUCUUGGUGUUGACAAGCGGGCGGUUCUCGAUGAGGAGUUUCCUACUUUUGUGGACUUGGAGCUUUCACUGCACAUUGGAGCUGAGGAGCUGCUGCCUCACUUUCAUAGGAUCCUUCAGUCCCUUGACACAACGCCGGCCGCCUACAUGGGACAAGACAACCCUUCAAUGCUCGAAGCCGAGAGCCUCGCGCAGUUCUCUGUGAUCAAGGAACUGGAAGAGAACGGCGUAGAGCAGGGUGACCUCGACAGGGUGCGAGGCGUGCUCAUGGAUCAUGCGCAGAAGUUGAUUCCUUGGUUGGCGGAGGCUCAAUGA